AAUGUCAUGUGCUUGAUUAAUUUACUUCAUGUUGCGAGUGAAUUCCUAAAACAGUCGAAAUGAAGAUGAAGAACCGCAUUGCUCAAUGCAUUUGUAUAAUUGGCAUCAUUUCGACAGUGUACAAUGAGGAGAGGGAAUGGGAUUCGUUUGUAUUGACUCUGACUUGGCCAGUCACGAUGUGUAAAUUUUGUAAUUUGGUUGACAAAAAGUGUGUUGUUCCUGCAAAGAUGUGGGAAAUUCAUGGUCUUUGGCCUGGUUACAGUAACGGUGAUUGUGCUCCACGGGGUUGCAGCAUAUCCCAUCCAUUCAAGGAAAGUGAAAUAAUGGUCUUGUUAGACAGACUAAACAAAUACUGGCCAAAUCAGCUGCCUGAUAGACCUCAGUAUGACUUCUGGAAACACGAAUGGGAAGCACAUGGAAGAUGUGCAACAAUAGUAAAAGAAACUGACACAGAACUGAAGUAUUUUAACAAAACUCUCGACCUUCGUUUAAUCAAUGAUGUUAGCAGUAUGUUAUCAUCUGCUGGUAUCAGUCCUGGAAAAUCAUAUGAGCUGACAAUGGUGGAGCGUGCUGUGAAAAGGAGAACAGGGGGACAGCCACUUGUCUUAUGUGGAAACGCAGAGAAUACGACAUGGAUUUCGGAAAUACUCAUUUGUAUGAAUAAAGCUUUCAAAGUCACCGAUUGCCCACAAUCAAACUGUAAGCCGAAAUCAUGGAGAAAAACUUUACCACCUGCUGAUCCGUGCGGAGAGAUGGUGUUUUAUCCGGAGAGCGUAAAAGAAAUACAUGUUAACUAAAUGUUUGAUUUUUGGAUAUCAGAGUCAAGUUUAGUUUAUUAUUUUGGAUGUUGAUUGAUUGAUUUUUGUUUUUGGCAAUAUUUCGGCGGGAAAAUUUAAAUACUAUAUGAACGGCUUUGAAAUUUUGCGGCCCCUAAUGAGCCUUUUCUUUUUCAAUAUACUCUAUAUUCUCUAUUGUUAUAAGAAAAUUUUGUGAAUAGAUGGAAAAUUUCUGAGCAAUUAGCAUGGUGAAUAGCUACCGGUAAUUUUGCACUUUGGAUUUACAGAUUUAAUUAUAAGUAUAUUGACUUUCCCUGUUCACGAAAGCCUACAUAUAUGAUGUUUCUGGUUCUUGUACAC